AUGGUCACUGCUUUUGAAGCAAGCAUUUUGGACGUCGAUCGAGACGAAUCCAUCGGGUAUCAGACUCACAGCAAAUUACCCAAUGGUGUUGAAUGUAAGUGAAUGAGUUCGUAGCUCCAUCAAAAAUUAGCACAUUUCAGUUUCUUUCUCGUCAUGUCUCAGACACUGCACUAGCUACUUCUGCGGCGACAAUGUCUCUCGCCCUGUUCGAGCCGUUUCUCAAGGUGAGUCAUCUCCGAUCAGUUUUCCCAAAUUCAAUUGUCUUUCUGCAGACGAAGCCUUCGAGACAUCGAUGAGAGAGAUGCAAGUGAUUGCCAGAAUCGCCACUGCAAUCUACGUGCAACGAGGGCUUAUCGAGGGGACCAUCCCGGCCGAUGAGCUCAUUUCGGACCUGCUUCGGAUGGGAACGGUCACUCCCAAUCACAUCAUCGGAAUGGACAAGAAGAAUCUGACGGACGCACUCCAGGCACUUCAGGAUCUGCCGACGAAACUGAAGGACACGGCGAGGAUGGACGGGGUGCUGAAAUUGCUGGAUUCGUUGCGGAAAGACGUGGAGGGAAGUGGCGACGUCGGAAAUUGGGACAGUUCUGUUUUCAAGUCGGACGUCGAGGCGAUGGCUCGGAAUGGACUCAACUUGACGUUCGUCGUCGAUCUGGACAGUGCCUUCGCGAAUUAUAAAGGAUGUCGGGAUAAGCUUACUGCCAAUCAAGUCUCCACAACGAACGCAAACUAUUGUUUUCCGAAUAUCAAAGAAGCAGUCGACAAGUUGAUUUCUAUGGCCGGAACGAUCAUGUCUGAAAGCUCAAAAGUUCUGAAGCUUGCUCGAAGUGAAAAUGCCACGUCAGCAAUGGGACCAGUCAUGAAAGCGGUCGCCGGCUACGAAAAGUUCCAAAAAAUUGAAACUGAAACGGGUCAUUCUUCGAAAGAUACGGUCGACUUACAAUCAAUCAGCGAUAACUUCGAUCUUCUGUUCAACGCCACGCGACAGAUGAAAGAAGUUCAGCCUCUGUUGGACUUUGUCAAGAAACUGAUCGACGCGCAGAGUGUUGCCGGAGAGACACAGUCGCCGAAGCACACUGCCGGAUGGACGAAAGGAGCAGGCGACAUCAACCAACUGUUCACCGAUGUCGACAGUCCGUGGAUCGGUCAAGUGGUGAAGGAGAACAGACUGUCGAAGUCGUUCAAUCCACUGAAGAAUCUCGGAGCACCUUUCGAUUCAAUCCAUCGGCAACUCGAACUAGGGCUGUCUUCUCAAAUCGCCCAGCUCAUAGUCCAUUCGAACGAGCUCAUUCCAGAAACUUCAAAGGAACUGUCAUCAGCUGCUAACGGUCUCCACACUUGCCGAACCGCCUUCGCUCCACAAUCAGUACAAGUUGCCGAUAUUUCCAGUCUCCGAGCCAAUGUGGAAUCACUUGAUGCGACUAUGACCACUUUACGCACGGCGGUGAGGAAUGUGACUGAUCAAUUGACGAGCGGACUGCAAAUGUUCAAGGACAUCAGUGAGAUGUGCAAAGAAGCCGAAGAAAAACCGGAGGAACUAGAGAGCGUCGUUGAGAAAUUCAAGAACUAUAAAGAUCUGGACAAUAUGAAGAAGUUGGUUGAAGAUGUAGAUCUACUUCUGGCGCCUUUGAGAGCAGAAAAUAGCAAAGGAGAUAUAAAAACAGCCGCUCAAAAAAUUGUUGGUAACUUCACUGUCGUAGAAACUACGAAGAAUUCUCUGAAAGGGUACGGAAAUUUCUUCACGUGUCUCCAGAAUGUGAGGUUAUCCGAUUCGGUGGUCAAAUCGCUUGAGAAAACGAGAAAUCUGAGAACGAGCCAAGCAUCGUCUCCAGCGAACCAAGGACAACAAAUCGCGAAAAAAGUCGUCAGCACCGCGGACCAACUGGCAGCCGUCAAAGAGAUUCUGGAGAAGAUGAAAGAGUUCAGAAGCGCCGAGGCCGAUGCUCUGACGCUCUUCGAAGACUCGCACACGCAUUCCGCAGUCAUCGGAGCAUCCACUCGAGCAGUCAUGCGAAUGAGCACGCUGUUGGAUAAGAAAUUAUUGAUUGACGAAAUCACCAAAAACUAUGAAGUCGUCAAUGCCAAGAUGAAAUUGGAUCGGAAACCGUUCACCAAGGAAGAUGAGAACACGUUGAAGUCGAUUGCCUCAAUUAAACCGCUCUUUGCCGGAUUGUUCACCGAACUGUCAAAGUGGAAGAUCAGCAUCAAAACGAGUGGAUCCACUGCUUUGAAGAAGCGCGCGAAUCUGUUUCCAUCCACCACGUCGAUCAGUGUCCAGACGGAUUUGAAGGCUUUGAUUGCGAGUGUGACCAAAUUGGAACGAAAUGUGACUGAUCCGGACGUCAAGACGAAGCUGAAGGAGAUUAUAACUGCGCUCGUCACUCUGGACGACAUUGGUCUCAAUUUCUCGGACGCUCAACCGUCUUUCGACAAGGUCAACGCUUCGUUGGCUGCUCUGGACGACUUCUUUGCCAAGUACAGCCGGAAACUCGCACCGUCUCAAUCGCAACAAUCGAUGUCUGCUUUGCAGAACAACACUUUGAGGGUGAUUGCUGUUGCGGCGAGCACGGCGGCUCCGUCGUUUUUCGAGUGAGUUUCAAACGUUUUAGUAAUCGAAACUGGAAUGUUUCAGAGAAAACCAAACCUACGUAAUCAUCGCUAUCGUUGUGGUUGUUAUCUUACUCGUCGCGGGUGCAUGUGCAUGGGCAAUGUUCACUGAACAUGAGAAAAAAGAACGAGAGGCGCAAGGUACGUUGAACGUUUUCUGGAAAGAAAUUAAUGAACAAUUGCAGAAAACAUGGUGCCCGAAAUGAAAACUUCUGCUAUGAACGCGCACAUCACCGACAUGUACAGUUAUUACAAGAACGUUUACCAGCGGAUGGAUGUAAACAAGUGCCUGGCGGGCGCCACUUUCAAUUCUGGCUUUAUUGAAUUUUAUUGCCAAAUGUUCGAAUUUGUAGAAACGUUCACGCGGAUCUGUCCCGAUCUGGAAGCCCUCAUCAGUGAAGAGACGCGGUGAGCCACUUGUGAUCGCUGUUCUCAUACAAUAGUCUUUUGCAUUUCAGAGCCACCAUUUUCUUGAUGCCGACAUCGAGAGUGUUCGCAAAGGGAUGGCCAGAGUGGAACAGUUAUCGCGGAAGCGAGUACAUGCACGCGAAUCGGCUCACCUGCCCCAACCAGCUGCAGUUCAUCAUGAUGCAAGGGCCUCUGGCGGCGGACAUCGAGUCCAGGAAACGGUCGACAAUUGAGAAAGCGUGGUGGAUGAUGAAAGAGGAGCGGACCGAGUUCAUUGUCAUGUUGUGCAAGACAGUCGAGACUGGUUUGUGCUCGCCGCGAAACGUUCCCACCUCGAAACUCAUUAUUGCAGUGGAACGAGAUGGAAAAACAGUACAAUUAGAAAAGUGUGCUCAGUAUUUUCCGGAAGAGCAGGGCCAGGUCUUGCAGUUUGAUAGGCUGAAGGUGACGUGCGCAGAGAAGACGACGCCCAACAGGGAAGUCAUCGUGAGGAAACUGAGUGCCGAGUUUGAGUGAGUUGGACUUGGCCCCCCCCCCUUGGAAACAUUUGUUCCUAUUCUACUCGUUCAGAGGGCUGUCCGCGUUCACCGUGACGCACUUCCAACACAUUGAGUGGCCUGACCAUUCGGUGCCACAAGAAUAUGAUGGCAACAUCUUCAUACUGAAGCAGAUUCGCAAGAGCCUGGAAACAGUCGUUGUUCAUUGUUCCGACGGAGUCGGACGUACCGGCACUUUUGUCUGUGAGUCGUUUUAUUAUUGUUGGUCUUCUGACACGUCCAACUGGGACGAAUUGCAGACGCCGAAGUCGCUUAUCAAACACUGGCCAACAACGGAUGUAUGGACCCGGCGGCUGUGUUAAGACAAGUGCGUGAUUCUCGUGCGAUGGCUAUCGAGAAGGAGAUUCAACUGGCCUACGGCAACAUGCUUGUUUAUCACUACGCAGAUGUUGUGAGUAGAAUGCACUCGAUCUCAAGCCGCAUCUAUCCAUUAUUUUCAGGGAAUGCUGACGGAGGAAAACGCCCGACAUUUUGAGAGUAUGAAGAACGGAAUGAUCAAGUUCAGAGAAGUCGAGCAUAUUUUGAAUGCCAGAAAUAAAGAGAAGGAUGAAUCCCGGGAAUAUUUGAAGAGAGAGGGCAUGGCGAGGAAGAAGAAUAUGAAGAAGAAUGAGAAGAAGAAUGUGAAGAAGAAUGUGAAGAAGAAUGAGAAGAAGCAUAAGAAGAAGAACAAGGAUGCGACCGUCGAUGUCACUCAAAACGACGCGUCGGAACUGAGAACGGCCGGCGGAAGUGAAGAUGAAAGUGAAAUGGAGUUCGACCCCGAGUUUGUCGAAGAAAACAAACAUUUGCCCGACAGUUGGCCGUGGCAGAAGCACGACGACGUCCCGAAGAAGGUGAAGAAACGGUCAUGUUGUGUGAUUAUGUGA